AUGAAACUAAAAAUAAUUUUUUUUAUUUUAUUAAUAUGUAUUUAUAAAAUAUCUUCCAUUAAUGUUUUAUUUUUUCUUAUUGGUACAAAUCAAUUUGAAAGACAUAUUUUUGAAUAUCUUGCACAACAAUUAGCAUUAAGACAUCAUUCUGUUGUAACAAUUAAACCAAUUUUAAUACCUGAAGAACCACGUCUUGUAAAACCUAAACUUCAUAUGGUAAAAGAAAAAUUAUUAAAAAAUAUGUUAUCAAAAGAGAAAUAUGAACCAUUAAUAAAAGUUGGUUCAAUUGUUCCUUGGAAAAAAGUAUAUGAAUAUGAAGAGAUGGAUGAACCAUAUUGGAUAGCACAUAAUGCUUCAUGUGAUAAAAUGUUAAAUUCUAAUUUGAUGGAUGUUAUUAAAAAAGAAGAAAUUGAUGUUGCUAUUGUUUAUUCUAAAAAUCCUUGUCAAUUAGGAUUACUUCAUGUUUUGGGACUUCCUUAUAUUUAUUUUGAUUUAGAUGGAUUGACUGAUGAGACAAUAAUUGCAUCAUCUAUUCCAUGGAACUUAAAUAUUGAACUAUCUCAUUGCCCUAUUUCACAUAUCAUUAAGAGUCCAUUAUUACGAAAAUUUACAAAUGGAUUAUGUUUAACUAGACAAUUUCUUAUUCAAAGUGGAAUAGAAAGAUUAUCAAGAUUUUUGUCAAAACAAUAUGAUAAAUUAGAUGGAGAAAUUAGUAGACUAUUUGCAUCUGAUUAUGAAAUUAAAAAAAGAUUUUCAACAUUUCCAGAUGUUAAUAUUUUAAAAAGAAAUGCUGAAUUAUACUUUAUUAAUACUGAUAUAUUACUUGAAAAUAAUCUUGCAUUACCAUUAAAUGUUAUUCCAGUAGGUGGUCUACAUAUAGAUCAUGUUAAGCCUCUUUUUUAUCCAUGGAAUACAACUAUUUCAUCUGCCAAAGAUGGAGUAAUUGUUGUUUCAUUUGGAAGUCAAGCAAUUAUAAAAGGGAUAAAGAGUGAAUUAUUUAAACCAUUAUAUAAUGUAUUAUCAAAAUUGACUACUUAUCGAAUUUAUUGGAGAUUAGGACCAGAGUAUGAAGAAUUAGGUAUUGAAAUGGAUAAAGUGCCAAGUCAUAUAAAUAUAACAACAUUUAUUCCACAAAAUGAUUUAUUAGCCCAAAAGAAAACAAAACUUUUUAUAACUAAUGGUGGUAUUUCAAGUAUAAUGGAAAGUAUAUUUCAUGGUGUUCCAAUGAUUGGUAUUCCAUUAUAUGGAGUAAAUAGGCAAAAUUUAUACAAAAUGAAAAAUAAAGGAUUAGGUUUAGUAAUUGAGAAAGCAGAUGUAACAGAAAAAUAUUUGAUGAAAUGUAUUAAAAAUGUUUUGGAAAAUAAUAAAUAUUCAUUAACAGUAAAAGAUAUGUCAAAAGCUAUAAAAUCACGUUCAGAAAGUUCAUUUCAAAGGGCACUUUACUAUAUUGAAUAUGUUGGAAAAUAUAAUGGUGGAAAAUUUUUAAAAAAUAAAAAUAAAUUAGAAAAUUUUAUUUCACAAAUACAUCCAUUUGUUUUUGUAGUUAUUAUUUUUAUAAUAAUUAUAUUUAUUAAAUUAACACUAGCUUUUAUGUGGUAUAUUAAAAUUAAACUUAAAAAACAAGAGACAGGAAUGAUCACAAAAAUAUUUGACAAAAAAAAGAAAGAAUAA